UUGAUGUGUUGGCUCGGUUGAUUCCAUAAAUCGAACAGGCUCCAUCAAAUCACAAGGGCCAGAAUCCAGAUCGACGGUGAUAAGUCGUUCGUUCCAACCCACUAAGGAAUUCUCAGCCGUCGGCUCCCUAAGCCAGCCGCCUCAUGCAUCUCCGCUCCCCCAGUCUCCGACACCUCGAGCGAGCCCACGCUCGCCUCCUCAAGCUCGACCCGUCCCUCUCCUCCUCCACCGCCGGCACUCUCCUCUCCCAUUACCCCCUCGCCGCUCAUGGCGGCGCCUCCUACGCCAAAUCCCUCUUCUCUCAAUUCCUUCGAACCUCGGUUCUCCACUGGAACACCGUUAUUCGAGGCCUCUCCUCUGGCGAGAACCCUCACGAAGCCAUCCGUGUCUUCCGUUCCAUGCUCCGCGGAGGCUUUCUACCCAACAACUUCACGUACCCGUUCCUUCUCAAGGCAUGCGCAGCGUGCGCGUCGGAAUCGUACGGUUGCGCCGCGCAUGCGCGAAUCGUGAAGACCGGGCUGGAGCUCGAUCCUUACAUACAGAGUGCCUUGAUUCAUGCGUACUCCGAGAGUAAGGAUCUUGGCGCCGCUCGCCGGGUGUUCGACCAGUGCGACGACCGGGAGACCGUCUGCCGGAAUGCGAUGAUCGACGGGUACGUCAAAGCCGGAGAGUUGGCCCUCGCGCGGGGCGUCUUCGAUAGGAUGGAGCGCAAGGAUGUUGUCUCGUGGAACACGAUGAUUAAUGGUUGUGCGAUUCUGGGGGACUUGAGCGAGGCGCGAAAGCUGUUCGCCGGAAUGCCCCAGAGGAAUGUGGCUUCCUGGAAUUCCAUGCUCGCCGCUCACGCGAAAUGCGGGGAUGUCGAGGGGGCUCGCAGGGUGUUCGCCGAGAUGCCGAAGCGCGACAUCAUCUCGUGGAACACGAUGUUGGCGUGUCUAGCGCAAAGCGGGUGCUCCGAAGAAGCUCUUGCGCUAUUCGAUGAGAUGAGGCGCACCGACGAGAAGCCGACCGACGCGACGAUGGUGAGCUUGUUAUCAGCCUGCACGCACUCGGGAGCUUUGGAUCAAGGGGAGCAACUCCACGCAUCCAUGGAAGAGCACAAGAUAAAGCUCAAUACCAUCCUGAGCACCGCUUUGGUAGACAUGUACGCCAAGUGCGGAAGCAUAUCACGCGCAGCGGAGAUCUUCUACGCCAUCGAGCAAAAGGAUCUGCUUGCAUGGAACGCAAUCAUCGGCGGAAUGGCCAUCCACGGACGUGCUGAUGAAGCGCUUCAGAUGUUUGAUGAAAUGACCAAGAGCGGCGUGAGGCCGGACGACAUCACGUUCGUGAUGGUUCUCACCGCCUGUAGUCACGCGGGAAUGGUGAAAGAAGGCAGGCGGAUGCUGAGCUGCAUGAAGGAUAGCCAUGGAAUCGAUCCGAAGCUGGAGCACUAUGGAUGCGUCAUCGAUCUCUUGGCACGCGCGGGCUUGUUCGAGGAGGCAGCGGAGCUUACAAGAGCGAUGCCGAUGGAGCCCAGCGCGCCUGCCUUGGGGGCUCUGCUUGGUGGGUGCAGGAUUCACAGGAACAGCGAGGUUGCAGAUGGUGUUGGCAGACACCUUCUUCACCUUCAACCGGGGCACAGCGGCCGGUACGUCCUGCUAUCCAACAUCUACGCGACAGCCGGUCGCUGGGAUGAUGCCAAGGAAGUCAGAGGCAGGAUGCUGAUAAAUGGAGUAGCCAAGACGCCUGGUAUGAGCAUGAUAGAACCCAAUGGCACACCAAGUUCUGCCUCAAGCUGAUGGAGAUAAAACAAAGGAAGACGAGGAGGAGGAGCAAGCGGUGUCUGUGCAUGGUGAGAAGUUGACCAUUGCUUUCGGGGCUCUUGAAAACGAGCUCCGAGGCUGCCAUUACCGUCAUCAAGAAGCAGCUCAGAGUAUGCAGUGAUUGCCAUGGUGUUGGCAAGCUGAUCUCAAAGGUUCAAGGAAGAGGGGCAGGAGCAUACUUGAAGCUCAAUCCAAGAUGCAGUGGUAGUAAAACAUCGAUCGGCUGACAGAAGAAAAGUCUGCUUCAAAUUUAAAUGUACACAACAUUGGGUCAACAGAACGUUCAGAGCUAAAUAGUCUUCUGCACAAAAGACGAUAUGAAUCGGUUGCCACUAUAAAAUACACAAUCUGAAAGGAUAAAGAUUGCAACCACUUACAGUGGUGGUCUGCAGAUUACAGAAAACAUAAGUGGUGUCAUUUCUGUGUGCUUUCAGUCUUCUCAGCAGAUGUGAAGGAGACCGGGUUCUGUGGAUCUUCUUUCACAGUCAGGCUCAGCACCUCAGGCCUCGAGUAGUGUCCAACCACAUCGAAAACAAACUUGGCUCGCACGAUUUCUCCAAGAUCUACAUAUCAUGUGGUAAGAGACUUAUCUUUUGUUUAGAUGCAAGGUAAUGAAAAUAUGGAGUACAGAAUUCAA